AUGUUUUUCAAUCCCUUAUUCUCCAUUCAAUCUUCAAAUCAGGGCGACAUCAUGGGCCCAAAUACCCCCGAGGACAGCUUGUAUCUCUACAACCCCAGCCAUAUAUUACCGGCGGUCUUUGCAGCUCUCGUCGGAAUAUCGCUGCUCUUGCAUAUCUACCAGAACACUCGCUACAGGUUCUGGAGGGUGACCUUCUUCAUCUGCUGGGGUGGUACUCUUUUCACAGCGGGCUGGAUACUUCGAUGUAUCUCCAGCUACCACCCCUCUAACAAAGAUAUCUUUAUCGCCCAGACGUUCAUGAUCUAUGUCGGUCCACCAGUGUACUCGGCUGCAGCCUAUAACAUCGUCGGAAGAUUGAUGCACUACGUCCCUAUGCACGCCGUUCUUAAUCCCAACCGCGUGCUUACCUUCUUCGUCUACGUCGGAGCCGCCGUCGAAGGGAUUACAGCCGCAGGUGCCGCCAAGAACGCAGCGGCCGGCAACGAUCUCUCUGAAUACAAAACAGGCGGAGCACUGAUUGCCGCCGGGCUGGUGCUCCAAGCAGUCGCCGAGCUGGUGGUAGUAGCUAUCGUGGCGGCAGUACACCGACGGUGCGCGCGCGCCGGCCGAGUCCCGCCGAAUGUGCGCAUGGUCUGCUUCACGCUGUACGGUACUUCAACUCUCGUUCUGCUGCGCUGUAUUUGCCGUGCCAUCGAGGCCUUCGACAUGUUCGGUAAUCUCGGCUGCCGCGAAAAUUGCGGGCCUAUCCUCGGCAACGAGUGGUUCCUCUAUGCCUUCGAGCUUGGCCCUAUGCUGGUCUUUACCUACUGGAUGAACAUGCUCCAUCCCGGCCGGUAUCUGCCCAGCCAGAAAGAACGCUAUCUCUGUCCGGACGGUUGUACCGAGCGCCUCGGGCCUGGCUGGCUCGAUCGUCGCUCGUCGUGGGAGACCUUUGUAGACCCGUUUGACUUCAAGGGCAUGCUGUCAGGUGUCGACUCGCAUGAUAAGUAUUGGUUGCGGCCGGAGGAGUGGCUUAUCUGCGAGGAUGGCAGCUUCGCCAAGGGAUCGGCUUCUAAUGCCCGGUCUGUUCCCCAGGAAAAAGAAAACAUCUCGUUGAAUGGUGAGGUCUAG